GUUUCCACACGAAAACAUCCUAGACUGUACCGAGAAUCGAACUCGCCAUCUCCGGAUAGGCUUUUGCUUUUGCUCAUAAGGCUAUCUGGAGACCUAUUUAUGGUCCUUUCAUUUGGUCACUAGAAAAGGAAAAAUCCCCUGUUUUCGCUUUCACACGGGGGACUCGACUAUUACAAGUACUGAUUCCGACGUCAAAUAGCCUAAUCAGCACCGACAACGAUGAUAAGAUACGAUUCAUUUACACAUGAGGUAGAUACGCAGCAAGUAAUACCUUUAAAUUAGAAAUUGACCGUCCUCAACGAUUAGUAUGCGUUAAAGUUAACUAAAUAAAACACCGUAGCAAUGCCACGUUUGUCGGCAAUGUUAGCAUCAGUCAUUGCUAUCGGAUUGUGUGUCCUCGCCGCGGUACCCCUUGACGCCUUUGAAUGGGAUUCACGUAUCGUUGGAGGCUCAAAUGCCACCGGUAACGUUUGUCCGCAUGCCGUUGCGAUCCGAUUGGUUGGGCAAAAUUUUCUGUGUAACGGUGCGCUGAUAUCCAAUCAGGAUGUCCUGACAGCGGCUCAGUGCGUAUACAACGGAAAUGUUGUCCGAAAUGCUUCCGAGUUUCAGAUCGUGCUGGGCAGUUUGGCAAACUCGAACAGCUCCGCUGGUAGCACGCUACGCAGCGUUUCGGCUGUUUGGGUACAUCCUUCGUACGUGUCGAGUGCGCGACUCAACAACGUGGCUGUACUCCGGUUGAACGCUACGGUGCAGAACGCAACCUCACUUACACCCGUCCAGCUCUCGACGUCGGCAUCAGCAGUGAACCAAACUUGUACGCUGUGUGGUUGGGGAGCGAACUCCACGACAGGAAGCGCAUUGGCAACAUUACAGCGAUUGGACGUCACGAUUCAAUCGAGCAACUCAACUUACUGUACGCGUGCCAACGGGAAUGCAACAUUGGUAGCCGAUCAGAUAUGUGCCGGAGAUCUAGCAGCAGGGCGAGGCGCGUGCAACCGAGAUGAGGGAGCUCCGUUGGUGUGCAGCACACGCUUGCAUGGCGUCCUCACCAUAGUUGGCGGCUGUGGAGCCGUGAACGAAACAUCGAUUUUCCUUAACACAGUUACGCACAGGGAUUGGAUCAACAACCGGACUCAGACGCAGGUAUCGGGAGGGGGAACCGGAGGUACCGGAACCGGCGGUACUGGAACAGGUGGUGGAGGUGGCGGGGCCUCGCAAGUAGUUAUGCAGAUUUGGAUAGUGAUGAUGCCAAUCGUUGUUUCGUUAGCUUUGAAACAUGGCACGAAUUAGAAGAAUUAAUUUUAAAUGAAGAAAAGAUGAGUCUGUUCUUUAGCUAGCUGUGAUUUUUAUUAAAAUAAUUUAAUAUAAUUUUCGAUGAAUUUUCUAUUUGUAAUUUUCUAGCUCUGUGUAGCUUUAAUGACAUAAUCAUUGACUCAUUAGCGCAAUAAAUAAAAUGAAAAUCACCGAA